AUGAGUAAUAGUAUGUAUGAGCGAAAGUGGUAUCAACAUGCAGCAAGAACAAUUACAAUAUACGAGAUAAAGUAUAUGAAUGAAAGUGGUAACAAUGUGAAAAAUUGCGAUGCAGCAAGAACAAUUACGAUAUACGAAAGUGGUAGCGAUGUGUGA